AAUAUAAAGCCCUAAUUUAAUAUUCUUCUCUUUAAUUUUUUUACAGCUACCGAAUAAAUUUCAUCCGGCCGGUGGGUGUUGGAGAGCAGAUCACAUCAGCUUCUCUAGUCUCCGUGAUCCGAAAGAUAAGAAGAAGAAGAAGUCCUUUCAGUGCUUGAGCAUCUGCAAAGAGUAUCCAUCUGAGGUUUUUCAACAAUGGUUUUACUACAGUUGGAUCCGUUUCUGAAUGAACUCACGAGCAUGUUUGAGAAAAGCAAAGAGAAGGGUUCUGUGUGGGUUACUUUGAAAAGAUCAUCUUUGAAGUCUAAGCUGCAGAAGAGGAAACUGAGCGAGGCAGGUGAAUCCAUAGAGUACAGAUGCCUUAUUCGAGCUACUGAUGCCAAGAAAACUAUUUCUACUUCGGUUGGGGCUAAGGAUCACCAGAGAUUUCAAGCAUCAUAUGCCACCAUCCUUAAAGCACACAUGACUGCUUUGAAGAAGAGGGAGAGGAAAGACCGUAAGAAAUCAACAGAGGCAGACAAGAAAGAAAGCACUUCAACCUCUACUAAACCCAAGAAAAUUUGAUGUUCUCUCUUUUUUUAAUGUAAUCUCAUUUGACCUGCAAUUUUUACUUAUAAACUGAAUUUUGAAAGAUAUUAACAUUCAAGAACAGGAUCAUUUAUUUGAAAA